AACAUAUGGUCAAUCUGACAGACUGUUUGUUAGUUUUAGACUUGGAGGCGUUUUCACAGUAAGUGGAAAGAGAAUGAUAUGGAUUCGUCAAUUCCUCAUAAGGUGUGCAUAUCCUACUCCUUCCUGCUGCCAAGCUGCUUCUGCACGCUGAUGACAAUCAUGUGCAGGUUGCGAUUUGUUUGUCUUUUGCUAUUCAUUUUCCGGAGCUUAGUCUCGAGCGAAGAAUUGCCGACACUGCAAUCAGGCCCCGAUGACGAUUUAUACUGGUCCCGUCGAGAUCAAAUCCUGGUUGAAGAGUCGCGGAUUUCGCUGGGAGGGCAGCUGAAUUUCGAAUAUGGAGAACGGGAAGCGAACGACGUCCUAAUGGCGGCAAAAUGGGCGGAGAUCGAUCGAGGGUUUCGUGACCCGUCAAGCUUCUUACCGGCCCGCAACUUCCUCUCCGUUGCCGACGAGAUCCGACGCUCGCCGACGUUUCGGAUGAUCCAGGCGAUGCCGAAAGGGGCCGCACUCCACGUCCACAGCCACGCGUUCGUCUCGACGGACUUUGUCUUCGGGAAUAUCACUUUCCGCGACAACCUCUACAUUUGCCGACCCCCCGAUGGCUCAUUUCAGUUUGAGUUCCGUCGCUCAGGGGGCUCAGAAGUUACUUGCGCCUCUUCCAAUGGAUGGGAACUACUUGCUGAACUCAGGGCGAAUGCGAGCAUCGUGAAAGACGUUAACACUCGUAUUCGUGAUGCCAUGAUCGUCCCGGACCCCGCCACAGCUUACUGCGACAUAAAUGCUAGCUGGACCGCCUUUAGGAAUGUCUCUAAGACCAUUCGAUCACUUCUCGUUUACAAACCCGUCUUAGAGGACUACGUAUACCAGGGUCUUACCGAACUCUACAGAGAUAAUGUUUUUUACAUCGAGCUCCGUAUUACUUUCCAAAACCUUUAUGAUCUUGACGGGAAUGUAUAUGGCCCCCUCGAUAUAGUUCGAUUAUACAAAAACACCACCGACAGGUUUAUCAGGGAUCACCCGGACUUCGUCGGUGCCAGACUAAUCUUCGCUCCCAGGAGAUCUGGUAGUGAGGCAAGGGAGCAAAUAAAACAGUACUUUGUCACCUUUGCCGCUGUUCAAAAAGAGUUUCCAGAUUUUGUGGUCGGCUUUGAUACCGUUGGUCAAGAGGAUACAGGUCACCCUCUAACAUGGCUUCUCAAAGAGCUCAGAACCAUUGCUCCGAGCACUCGAUUCUUCUUCCACGCUGGCGAGACAAACUGGAAUGGUCUAAGCACCGAUGGAAACCUCAUUGAUGCUGUUCUUCUCAACACGACGAGAAUCGGUCACGGAUUCGCCGUAUCGAAGCACCCGAGGGUAUUAGAACUGGUAGUGGAGCGUGAAGUGGCGAUCGAAGUGAAUCCGAUAUCGAACCAAGUCCUUUGUUUUUGCGGUGAUAUGCGGAAUCAUCCCGCAAGCUUCCUAUUCGCUCGAAACUACCCGGUCGUGGUUUCCUCGGAUGACCCUGCGAUUUGGGGAGCAUCCGGUCUUAGCUACGACUUCUACGAGGCUUUUGUCGGCAUCAUGUCGCGCUCCGCCGACAUUCGAGCACUUAAGCAACUUGCCAUAAACUCCAUAAAGUAUAGCGCGAUGCCAAAUGAAGAGAAGAACCGUGCUUAUGCAAUUUGGCAGGAUAAAUGGGCGAAGUUCAUCACAGACUUGGGUCAACGAUCAGGAGCCCCGAUUAUUAUACAGACAUAACUUCCUGGCCGUUCCAUUUUUAGUUCAAUCGUCCACCACAGAUAGCAAUUCUGCGAAUUGCAGCCAAACUGUUUUCGUUCUCGGGGUGGCGUGAGACAUCAGACCGAUAUCAUUUCACGGUAUUAACCUAACACGCGGCGUCAAUAAGUUUAUAUGUAUACUAAUUACUUUACUAAUAAAACC